AUGAAGUUCCUCAACACCUUGCUCUACGGAGCCCUGCUCUUCUCGGAAGUGUCAGCUACUAAGAAGUUGACUGCCAGUCAGGUUGAAGGCGACAUCAAGAAGUCCAACCUCCGAAAGACUCUCAAGGAUCUCGACUCGAUUGGAAGGAAGAACGGCGGCAACAGAGCCUUUGGUCUCCCUGGUUACAAGGCAUCUGUCGACUACAUCCACAAGGAGCUGAAGAAGUACAACAAGCACCUCAACACUCACAUUCAGCCCUUUAACUACACCUUCGAGCAAACGAGGGAUAUCUCGGUGCGGGGACCUGAUGGCGAGGAUGUCUAUGUCAUCACUCUUAUCUACAACAUAGGCACGCCUACUCCCGACGGUGUGACUGCUCCUCUUGCUCUUGUGCCAGUUGAUGACACACGUGGCUCCGGAUGUUUCGCGGAUCAAUGGGAGGGCGUUGAUGCCAAGGACAAACUCGCCCUUGUCAAGCGUGGCUCGUGUGCCAUUUCAGACAAGCUCAAACUUGCAAAGAAGGCCGGUGCUCGUGGUGUUAUUCUUUUCCACAACGCUCCUGGCGAGGGUAUCACCAGUGCUACCCUCAGUGCCGAGAACCUCAAGCUUAUUGUGCCUGUCGGUGUGAUUCCUCUUGAGGUCGGCACUGCGUGGAAAAAGCGCAUCGAGGCUGGCGAAAAGCUCGAGGUCACCCUGCUGGUGGACUCGUUCUACGAGACCCGAGAGACCUGGAAUAUUAUCUCUGAGACCAAGCAGGGCGACCCCAAGAAUGUUGUCAUGAUGGGUGCACAUCUUGAUAGUGUCCAGGAAGGUCCAGGUAUCAACGACGAUGGUAGUGGAACUGCUGGUAUUCUCGAGAUUGCCAAGUCCUUUACCAAGUACACUGGCUACAAGAACAAGGUCCGCUUCGCUUGGUGGGGUGCCGAAGAGAGUGGUCUCGCUGGUUCUUACCACUAUGGCGAGCAACUCACUGAGCAGCAAGCCGACCAAAUUCGAUUCUACUUCAACUACGACAUGAUCGGUUCUCCUAAGCCCAAGUACUGGGUUCAGGCUACUAAGCCUGCUGACCGAGUCGGUGGAGAUAUCCUGGCUGCUUGGCUACGCAAGAAGGGCAAGACGGUCGAGUGGGAGGAGUUCGGCGAAUCCUCUGACUACGCCGCCUUUGUCGAGCUCGGCAUCCCCUCGUCCGGCAUCUUCACCGGCGCCGACGCCGAAACCGACCCUUGCUACCACUUGGCCUGCGACACCAUCGACAACAUCCACUGGGGCGCGCUGACUCUCAACACCAAGGCAGCUGGUCGUGCUGCUGCCCAGUUCGCCCUCAGCCUGAAGGGCGUCCCCGGGCGCGACAAGGUUACGCCCAACCCCAAGAGCAAGAGGGCUGUUGCUGCGCGCUUCGAGCAGUGGCAGAAGAAGAGGACGCUUGCGGGCACUGCGCACAAGUGCAACCAUAAGACAAAGGAGGUUGUCUAA